CCUGGCUUGCAACAGCAAUUGGACGGUCCGCUCGGGUCACUUCUCCAGGGAGAGUGGAAGGGGGCCACGCCCGGGCAUUCCGGCUGCAAGGAACGAUCAAGGCAAGAAAACCCGGAGCCGACUGGAAGUUUGGCUGGUGCGAGGGAGCCGUGAGGGUCUCCAGAUGAGACGGGGGAAUCGCCCUGCCUGGCCCUAGAAGAGCCCAGGCAGCGCCAGAGAUCGGGAGCUGUAGGCUGAGCCGUGGGAGCCCCGCGUCACCCCCGAGGGCUCCUUCCUGUUUGUCAGUCUCAGCAAGGUGGUUUUUGCAUCCGGUGCUGGGCGAACAGACUUGCGUCUCCCUCAGUCUGAAGCUGUCUUGAGACCCGCUGGACGGUGCUUCUGCCUUCGAGGCGCUUUUGGGAUGGAAACGGCUCCUCCUCCCACCUCUCCCGAAAGGGCCUGGAUUCGGGGCAUCCCAGGGCCCUUCCUGUUUGUCAGUCUCGGCAAGGUGGUUUUUGCAUCCGGUGCUGGGCGAACAGACUUGCUUCUCCCUCAGUCUGAAGCUGUCUGGUGACCCCGCUGGACGGUGCUUCUGCCUUCGAGGCACUUUUGGGACGGAAACGGCUCCUCCUUCCACCUCUCCCGAAAGGGCCUGGAUUCGGGGCAUCCCAGGAUGCGUCUGGUGCAGAAGUCCCUGUGCCUGCUGCUGGUGGUCACGGCGUCCCUGGCCCUGCUGUACCUGCACGUCUGGUCGGCCAAGCCCUACAGCGCGGUCGACCUGCGCAACCGGCCAGCCCGAGCCCCCGAGCAGCUGCUGGGCGAGCCCUUGCUGGGCCCCUCCAACAAGUUCGCCCACAUCCCCUUCCGGCUCAAGGAGGAGAUCGUCGAGCUGCUGCCCAGGAAUUCGUGCUCGUGUGAGGUGGCGUCCGGCGGGAAGCUGCCCUUCCCCAAGCAGCUCUUCAGCCAGCUCUACUCGCUGGAGUUCGCCACGGCCUUCAGCCCCGCGGAGCUGGCGCAGAUCCACAGCAGCCGGGAGCUGGAGUACCAGAGCUACCGGCAGCGGACCCAGUCUCCCGCUGAGCAGCUGCUGAUCGUCAGAGCCAACUCCCCGCUGGAGUACCCUGCCCAGGGUGUGGAGGUGCGCCCGCUGCGGACCAUCCUCAUCCCCGGGCUCAGCUUGCAGGCAGCCAGCAGUGAGCUGUACAAGGUGACCCUGACGGCCACCCUGGGCACCUUCGACGUGGCGGCGGUGGUGGAGGGGGUGAAGGCGCAGGGCGAGGGGGAGACGCGUCUCUCGCUGUCGGCCACCCAGCUGGACAACCUCAACCGCCAGCUGCAGUUCAUCACCUACACCAACACGCUUUUCCACCCCAACACCGCGGACACAGUGCAGUUUGCCACCGAUGGGCACCAGGCGUCUUUCACCAUCCGAAUCCGCCACGCGCCCACGCCCAAGCUCUAUAACCCGGGCACCCCGGGUGACGGCGGAGCAGAUUACAACGUCAGCGCCCUGGUCACCAUCGCGACCAAGACCUUCCUGCGGUACGACAAGCUGCGGGCGCUGAUCGCCAGCAUCCGCCGCUUCUACCCCACGGUGACCAUCAUCAUCGCGGACGACAGCCAGCACCCCGAGCCCGUGGGGGGGCCCCACAUCGAGCAGUACUUCAUGCCAUUCGGCAAGGGCUGGUUCGCGGGGCGCAAUCUGGCCAUUUCCCAGGUCACCACCAAGUACGUGCUGUGGGUGGACGAUGACUUCAUCUUCACGCCCCGCACCAGGGUGGAGAAGCUGGUGGACGUGCUGGAGAAAACCAGCCUGGAUCUGGUGGGGGGCGGCGUGCGGGAGAUCACGGGGGUCACCACCACCUACCGGCAGAAGAUCAGCGUGCAGCUGGGGGGCGAGGAGGGCGACUGCCUGCAGACACGCCAGGGCUACCACCACCUCCUCGAGGGCUUCCCCGGCUGCGUGGUCACCGACGGCGUCGUCAACUUCUUCCUGGCCCGCACGGCCAAGGUGCUGGAGGUGGGGUUUGACCCGCGGCUGAGCCGCGUCGCCCACCUCGAGUUCUUCAUCGACGGGCUGGGCGUGCUGCACGUGGGCUCGUGCGCCGACGUGGUGGUGGAUCACGCCUCGAAGCUCAAGCUGCCCUGGCAGAAGUCGGAGAGCGAGAAGCAGUACGCCAAGUUCCGCUACCCGGCCUCGGGCGACCGCAGCGUCAGCGUCAAGCACGGCCUCUUCUACUUCAAAAACCACUUCAAAUGUAUGACGGGCAACUAGCCACACCGGGCUACCGGCCCCACCCUGCCAGCGAGCCGGCCCCAGGGAGAGCCCCUCCCCCCAUGGAGCUGGGGCUUUUUAUCCUUCUACCAGGCCAGGGAGCUGAUCCCUGCUACCCCAGCUCUCCAGACCCAGCGCCAUCCCUAGGCCCUGCUGUCUCCAUGGAGGGGGGAGGCUCCCCCCCUUUUCCCAGCAGGCCCUAGGGGAAUCCAGAGUCGCACAGUGGGAUACUGGGAAAUUCCCUGGACUGGCUGGGAAAAGCUCACAGCACCCCAGUGGCCGAGCCCCCACCUUCCCCAGGAGAUGCUGUUUUACACUGGACAGACCUACCCCUGUUCACAGCCAGAUUUCUCCAGUGCCGCCCCCCCACCGAGAACUGGCACAGCCCCCCGCCCCUCCCAGCUGCCCCAGGACAAGCACCAGGGCCCCCUUUUAUUUUGUGCCAAGUGGUUAUAGCCCCAGUCCGCCCCCGUUGCCGUCCCUGGGAGAUUUCCAACUUCAAGUGCCAAAGACUGCGGGGGGAGGGGGCAGCCCCUCGAGCAAGGGGAAAGGCUGACGCCCAUGGCUGGGUUGGGGGGCACGGCCAUAGGGGGGCUAGUCAUCCCCAGUGCCGCUGUGUGGCUGAGGUCUCUUUUCGAGCCUGGGGACUCUUUCUAUGCAGAAUCCAAGAGCAUAGGCACAAGGCGAAGGACUGACCCCAUCUUCGCCCCACACACCAGCUGGCCCCAGCCCUACACUGCUCAGCGAAGGCCCCACAGCUACAGCAUUGGAUGAGCAGAGGGGUCCGGCUUUUAAUCCAGGAUAGUGGGGGCCAGGAGCUGCCUGGUCUCUGCGGGAACUGGAGGCAGGACGCUGGGACGGUUUGUGUCGUGUGUGUAUAUAUUUAAUGUGAGCGAGCGAGGAGCCGGCCACUGCCAGCCUGCACCCCCAGGAGACCCAAGGCUGGCAGAGGGGCUGCUUGAGCUGCCCUCCCCAGCUGCCAUUUUCUACAGGGGACAGAGAGGUGAGGUUUUAAGGAAAAAAAAGAUGUUUUUAUUUUAAAAAAUUCUCUUUACCCUAAAGGCUAUCCAAGCCCCGCCCCCUUUGUCCUGAGCCCCGCCCCCUCUGUCCUGCUUCCCUACAGUUGUGUUUUAGCAGAACCAGAGAAAAAACUUUGUACUUUUUUUUUUUUAAACCUUGGGCUCCGACCCAUUGGGGUAGUGACGUCAGAGGGACCAGCCCCUGGUGGCACCCCCUGCAGGCACAAACCCCGCCCGCUAUGCUCCCCUCCAGGGGCCCAGCUCUGCAGUGCACCUCUCCAGCAGCCCAGAGCGGAGGGUCGAGGGGAGUUUGGCACCAGCCCCUUGCUAGCAAGAUGGUAGCACGAUGCCAGCCUGGGGCUGGGGCCAGCCCUGGGGGUGCGGGAGCAUGUUAUGGGAGGGGAGCAGGAGUCACAUGCUGAGGGGACAGAUGCAGCCUGCAGAGGUGGUGCUGGGGGCCGGGGCCAGCAGCCAGCCACAGUGUGUGGGGUGGGGGGGGAAAUCAUUCCCUGGACUCCCUCUCAACCCUCCCCGGAAGGGGGUGGGAGGGCUGGAUGCAGGGGGCCCCCCCAGGCAGGGAGAGGCCCCUGUGUGCCAAAGCACAUUCCCUGCUGUCCCUUCCCUGCAUGAAGUGGCCAGGGGCACCCGCCCUAAGGCCAUGCCAGCCUGUGACACCAGCAGCCAAAGCAGCCCCCCAUGGGAGGGGGCUGUGGGAAUUAGGCCCCCCCCCAGCACAGACAAUUGGGGGAGGACAAUAAAAUAAA